AUGACGUCGCCUAUUAUCCCAAUAUGGGAGACAGGUCACCAAGCCAAUUUGAAGGCUUUGGCUCUGGACACGAAAAAUUUUUCUUUCUUUGCACAAAUCUUCAGCAAAAAGUCAAAGGACUUCUUUGGUGCUCCGCUAUCUUCCACCUUUACGCUUUUUGUACACUUGUCUACUAUCGGAACCCGUUUCUGUCAGUGGGCCAAGCUUCCUCUCCUUGCCGAAUUUUUUAAAGCAGCGUCGUUAACUCUAUUUCCACUUGGUGAGGACCACUGCUCCGCUCAACAUCCCAUUCCCGUCCUGCUUUUCGCUCCCAAAUCUACGCCCCGAAGGUACUUCAUUAUGCAGUUUGUUCAUAACAACCCUUACUUCCCUGGCUAUGCUGCUAAUCCCCAACAACAACAGCAACAACAACAGCCCGGUACCACGCUGCAUGGGUCCCAAAACCCUCAAGGGCAUAAUGAUCACGCGCACUCUCUCGCACUUUCCUCAGCUGCUGGAAUGGCAGUAUACCCCGGUCAACAAACGCAGGGUAUGCAGCCGUCUUCCGUUAACGAUUACGCAUCUCAAGGAAAACCAAAACGGAAACAAGUCAAGAAUGCUUGUGUCAAUUGCCAAAAGGCGUGCAAGAAAUGUGACGAGGGACGUCCGUGUCAACGUUGUAUCAAGUACGCAUUGGUUGACACAUGUGUAGAUUCUGUUCGCAAAGAACGCAAGAAGGGAGUGAAGCGGGGCCCAUACAAGAAGCGAAAACAAGAUGGUGGUUCUGCAGAAUCUUCGGCUGCAUCUACGCCUACUGCAUCAGCUCUUCCCACAGGUCUUUAUUCGCCAACAGCCGGGAUGGGGAAUGUGCGUAACAAUGCUGUACCGAUCCAUUAUCAACCACUGACAACCGGACACUACGAUCCCUUCAAUGCAGUGAGCUAUCAAAACUCAGCGCAGAUGAUGCCACAGGCUUAUAUGAUGCCUGCCGCGAUUCAACAGAUGUAUCACACCAACCCUUCAAUGCUUUCUUAUCAAGCAACAAUGAAUAUGCUUUCUCCUCAGCAGAGUCAAACAACUGCAGUUCAGUCAAGCUAUCGUCCUGUCGACCAGUCUGCUCAACAGCAACAGACAGAUAAUACAACCAACGGCACCAAGGCUAGUGACUCGGAUGAGGAAGGAUCCAAGUUGACUAUUCUUUCCCAACUCUGCAGUGCUGUAUUGGAUCGUAAUGAUCCUUCGACCAAACAGGAAGAUACAAAAGACGCUAGUGACGACAAAGCAACACUCGGACAGCCACUCUCUGAAAGCCAGGAGCAAAUAAUGGUCACCAAGAGUGAGCCUGUCCCCAGUUAUAACAACAGUCUCUAUGGUACACCUACUUCUUCACCUGUAGUCCGUAGCGGAAACAACAGUCACUAUGGAACUCCAGGCUCAUCCCCCUCUGUUGCUCACGCAGAACAGGUUCAGAAUAACGCUCAACAAUCCCAGGUAUGGCCACUUCCUUCUCUUCAGUCCAUGGUUCCGGAACACAUGUAUCAACAGGAGCAGCAGCCACAAUGAUAGUCAAAUCGCCCAAGGAUAAAAAAUAAACACCCGGCUCCUCUUUACAUCUUAUUUUUCUUACUGCCCCGAUCGUUUAUGUGUAUUUCAAAAACAAAAACAAAAACAAAAAAAAACAAAAAACAAAACAGUAGUUCGCUUUGCUUUGAAUCUAUGCCUCAACUCAACUUCUUUAAUUGGAAUUGUGUGGGAAUUGUAUCUUUCUUUCGCAAAAUUUAUUUAUUAUUAUCCACUUUCAAUCU